GAAAAUAAAAGUGCAUUUUCUUGUAAACAAAUUGAAAAUGAUUUUAAAAUUAUUCUUAUUGCUUAACAUCAAUAUACUUCUUGCAAACUCAGCACACACAAAAGAUAAAAAAGAUGCAAAAGAACAACAAAAAGACUCAUCACAAUCUGCAGAAUAUAAUCCAUUUGGGGCACUCGUGAGAUGUAACAUGCUGCCAUUAGAAUUUAUUGAUUGUGAUGCACUAAAAGAUCACAAUGGAAAUAAAACAGCUCAAGAAGAAGCUGGUCAUGGAUGUCUGAAAAUUGGUGGAAUCAGAUGGCAUGAAGUAGAACGAGCUAAAGCAGAAUGCACUGUGCUACCAGAAAUCGAAUGUUAUGGUCCUAGAAACUUUAAACGAGAUGGAUUUCCAUGUGUAAAAUAUGGAGAACAUUACUUUCUCACAACUCUUCUUUAUAGCAUCCUACUAGGAUUCCUUGGAAUGGAUCGUUUUUGCUUAGGACAAACAGGAAUCGCUGUUAUGAAGCUCUUGACUUUAGGAGGACUUGGACUUUGCAUAAAAUAUUUAAUUCAAAUUGAAUUUCCAGUUUGUUCAACUCCUUGUGAUUUGCGUGCAUACCGAACUGGUUUGGUUUGUGUUUGUAACUCAUCUUAUUGUGAUACAUUAGAUGUGAAACUUCCUAAAAUUAAGGGAGAAGUUUUGAUCUUGUCAACAAGUAAAAGUGGUUUGAGAUAUCAUGCGACAAAAAGUCAUUUUGGAAGUGACAGAAUCAAAAUUUUGCAUGGUCCAUAUCAUUACGGAACAUCAGGAAAAUCUAAAAGCUAUCAAAUAAUUGCUCAGUCAAUAUCAAAACUCGAAAAGGCAUACGAAACUUUAACAGAAACGACAGCUUAUAUAAGCACCAAUUAUUCAGCAACAUAUCAGAAAAUCAUUGGAUUUGGCGGAGCUUUUACUGGUUCCGUUUCCUUUAAUUUGAAGCAAUUACAAAGUAAUGAGUUACGUCAUCAUGUUUAUAAGAGUUUCUAUUCGAAACAGAAAGGAAAUGGAUUCAAUUUUAUGAGAUAUCCAAUAGGUGGAUGUGACUUUGAUCUUGAACCGUGGGCCUACAAUGAACAGCCUGAACAUGAUCCAGACCUGUCAAAUUUUAAGCAAUUAGAUCAACGUGAUCUCGAUAAAAUUGAUCAAUUAAAUGAGUUGCGAAGUGUGACCAAUAAUCAUGAUAUAAAGUUUGUCGGAGCUGCAUGGAGUCCGCCUCGUUGGAUGAAGACAAAUAAUGAUUGGACGGGCUUCAGUGCGCUACGAAUAGAAUAUUAUCAGACGUGGGCUGAUUAUCAUGUUAGAUUUCUUGAGUUGAUGCAUGAUAAAAAUAUCUCAUUUUGGGGUAUAUCAACUGGCAAUGAACCAUUAAACGGAGUGCUUUUUCCAAACUUUAUUCAUUUCAUGAGUCUCGGUUGGUUACCUCAAGAUCAAGGUAGAUGGGUCGCUGAUCAUCUAGGACCAACUUUGAAGAAUUCCUUAACUGCAUCCAAAGUUAAAAUCCUUGCUGGUGAUGAUCAACGUUACACUUUUCCCUGGUGGUUUGAAAAAAUGUAUGACGCCAACCCUGAUGUAGCGAAAUAUAUCGACGGAAUGGCAGUUCACUGGUAUGCUGAUAAAUAUGCAGGAAGUAACACUUUGGAUGAUGCAGAGAAAUUAUUUCCCGACAAAUUCUUUCUAUCAACCGAAGCUUGUUCUGGUGAUAAACCAUGGGAGAUACACGAACCAAUUCUCGGACAUUGGCCACGAUGUGAAGAUUACAUUCUUGAUAUAAUUGAAGAUUUGAAUCAUUAUAUGAGUGGAUGGAUUGAUUGGAAUUUAAUUCUCGACCUGGAUGGUGGACCAAAUUAUGUCAUGAACACUCUUGAUGCUCCCAUGAUAGCAAAUGGAAGUGAGAUCUACAAGCAGCCAAUCUUUUAUGGGUUGGGUCACUUCUCAAGGUUUAUAAUUCCCGGUUCGCAAAGAAUAUAUUCGAAAUCAACAAGUCCUUUCAUCAAAUCAACAGCAUUCUUGAGACCUGAUGGACUAACUGCAAUUGUUUUUUAUAACAACGGUGAUCACUACAUUGAUGUGAAUGUUUUGGAUAAGUCUCGGGGAGUUCUCACGAUUAAUGUUCCAGGAAAAUCUGUUCACACAGUCAUUUACAAGUAAAAUAUUUGAGAAAGCAAACUGCCUUCAUUGACAGUAGCUUUGAAAUAAAAUGUAAUUCCAAUAAACACAAAUCAGUAAUAACAUUGAUUGGGUUUGAUGAUAAUCAUGACAGCAAUCAAAUCAAUUCUUUUAUUAAUAUUGAAAUUAUCGAUGAUCUAGGAAGAGAAUAUGAAAUAAAAUAAUUUCAAAUGUGGUGAAAGAAAAAUGAAAAUAAAAAAUUAAAUGAUAUAAAAUUUUAUCACUUAAAUUAAUUUGUAGAUUUUAAAAAUUUGCUGCUCGU